CAUUGGUCGCCGGUAGUCCGCGGUCUCCCAUUGGCCGAGAAGGUGGCAGUGAGAAGGCGGGGCAUGUUACUCCCGGGCGAGAUCUGGCGGGAAACGCGUCGGCGAGGCAUGGAGGGCGGCGGCGACGGCGGCGAGGCGUGGCAGGCCGACUGGGACCGCGUGAUCCCCGAGCGACGCAACGGGGUGGCCCAGCGCGGGGAGCGAGUCUCGCCCGUCUCGUUUCACCAGCAACGGAUGUUGGACAUCACAGGUGAUAGUGGAGUGUUGAAGGAGAUUCUCCGUGAUGGCUGCGGUGAAACAGUUCCUCCUGGUGCAUCAGUGCUAAUUAAAUUUUCAGGCUAUUUGGAACACAUGGACAGACCCUUCGACUGUUCUUGGAAGGAUCCCAAACUCAUGAAACUUGGCCAAGAUAUUACUCUCCGCGGUAUGGAGCUUGGGCUUCUGACCAUGAAGAAACAGGAACUGGCGCGGUACCUCUUCAAGCCAAAUUAUGCUUUUGGAAGAAUGGGCUGUCCUCCCCUAAUCCCUCCUGAUGCCACAGUGAUGUUUGAGAUUGAGCUUUUGGACUUUUUGGACUGUACAGAAUGGGAUCAGUAUGUCGACCUGACCCCUGAGCAACGAGACAGACUUCCACUUGAGAAAGUGCUGAAGGUAGCAGAAACAGCGCGUGAAUUUGGAAAUUACCUCUUCCGCCAGGGGCAUUUUUUGGAUGCUAAGGAAAGAUACAAGCAGGCCUCCUCAAUUUUAAAACAUGUGAAUGCCAAGGAAGAUGAACUAAACAAAGUGAAUGAUGCCAAGCUCCUGGUCUUCCUGAAUUUGUCAUUCACUUACUUAAAAUUAGACCAUCCCUCCCAGGCCCUAACCUAUGGAGAGAUGGCUUUAGGGCUCGAUAAGAAGAAUGUCAAAGCCCUCUUCAGGUGUGGUCAGGCAUGCCGCUCUCUGUCAGAAUAUGAGAGGGCUCGAAAUUUUCUGAUCCAAGCUCAGAAGGUGCAGCCCUUCAACCGUGAUAUUAACAAUGAGUUAAAGAAGCUGGCCAGCUGUUACGGAGAUUACAACCUAAAGCAGAAGGAAAUAUACUGCAAGAUGUUUGCCUCUCUCAAUUCUAUUUCAGCAGAAGAAGAUUCCAAGUUAGAAAAUAAUAAUGAAGAGGACUCCACUGACCAGGAAGCCCCCAGUCUUGUUGCUCAGAAUCCGGAUGAUCAGAAGAAAGAGACCAAUCUAUAAUAUGAUGAAUCUCCACUUCUGUUUGGAAGGCCAUAUUGCUUUAUAUGGAGUACCAAACUGAUAAAAAUGUGCAGUUUAAAUAUACACAGUACUGCAUUUCUCCAGGGAUUGCUUUGUUACUAGCACUCAGAAACAUUUGUUGAGAAGAAGUUGUAUUUCUACUGUUCUGUUCUCACUGUGAAGAAAAUUCACUGUUGUUGACCAAACACUGGUAAACGAUACAUUUAUUUUGACGGAUCUUUGAAAGGAUGUAUGUAGAAAGUUGCAAUGUUUUAUGUUUUUCCAAGAAUAUUCUUGUGUUCCCUGUUAUGCAAAAUAAAUGUACUUCUGACAAAAGGUCCUCAGGUUUGGCA